GGAAGAGGCACAGCACCGCGCAUGCUCUUUCCUUUCUAGCCCGGGCUCCUUCUAGAGCAGCAGCUGCCGCACCGCCGCCGAGAUGUUGAUGCCCAAGAAGAACAGAAUUGCUAUCUAUGAACUCCUUUUUAAGGAGGGAGUAAUGGUAGCCAAGAAGGAUGUCCACAUGCCAAAACACCCUGAGCUGGCAGACAAGAAUGUGCCCAAUCUCCAUGUCAUGAAGGCCAUGCAGUCUCUAAAGUCUCGUGGCUAUGUUAAGGAGCAGUUUGCAUGGAGGCAUUUCUAUUGGUACCUCACCAAUGAGGGUAUUCAGUACCUCCGGGAUUACCUACAUCUUCCCCCAGAGAUUGUGCCUGCCACACUCCGCAGAAGUCGUCCUGAGACAGGAAGGCCAAGGCCUAAAGGUCUGGAGGGUGAGCGACCUGCCCGACUUACUCGUGGUGAAGCUGACAGAGACACAUACAGACGAAGUGCUGCUCCCCCUGGUGCUGAUAAGAAGGCUGAGGCUGGGGCUGGAUCAGCAACAGAAUUCCAAUUUAGAGGUGGAUUUGGACGUGGACGUGGUCAACCUCCUCAAUAAAAAUUGUGAAGAUAUGUUUUAUUGAAUAAAAUUUGGGAAAAAAUA